AUGGACGAUCUCGACGCCAUUCCUUCUAUUUCCUCUGGUGCAGUCGGCUCUCGCUUUGUCACUCAAUCGGAAGUCGAGACUGCGAAAGCCCGCCGCGACGAGCAGUGGCGAGCGGCGUAUGCUAGACUUGGGCAGGAGCCACCGCCUCCUCCUGCAGAGGACGCCUUCGAUGGCCGCAGCCUUGCGGAGAAACUGGCUGCCAACAGAGCAGCCAAGCAAGAAGAGUGGGAGGAAAGGAAUAAACUAGGCAACCAGUUCCGUGCACUUGAGGAAGAUGAGGUACUCUUCUUAGACUCCAUAAUGGAAAAGCAACGAGAAGAAGAGCGUCUCCGCAAGGAGAUGGAUGGCGAGGAGCUCAAACACUUUCGAGAGUAG